CAGAAACCGCCCGCCGAACCUAUUUAAAGUGUUUGGUUUCAAGGAGAUCGCAGAAACACCCAACGAAACGAAAGGGUUUGCUGAAUUUGAUUUAGGGAGAUGGGUGGUAAUGGUUAUACUUUUGAACAUCCACCUCUCAAGAAGUUAGGCCCACGCCGCCGUUAUUUCCCCUGUGAGUUAUACAAGAUUUUGAAUGAUCCUAAAACGAAUUCAGUAAUCUCAUGGGGUGAGGAGGGCAAGAGUUUCAUCAUCUGGGAUCCGCAGGAGUUUUCCAGAGAUCUGCUUUUCAAGGCCCUUUAUCUACUUUCAUUUUCACUGUUCGAGACGCGGCUUAAGGCAUUUGGGUUUAAAAAAGUUGACUCUGAUUCUGCUGCCCACUUUGAAUAUGCAAACGAUGAUUUUGUGAGAGGUGAACCUAAGCGUGCUCUUGAGAUACAGAAGCGCUACAUGCAGCGUUUUGGACCAGCAUCCCCUGCCUAUACGCCAAUGGUGAUAGAUCCUGCUGCUUUGGAGUUGGAGAUGAGUAGGCCGUCCUCCCUCGCACUUCUUCCCCCUGGAACUCUUGGCCCCAUUCCAUCAUUGCAAGAUCCGGUUGCUUUGAAGGCUUACAUUAACGAUGCCUGGUACCGAGCGGUAGCUAUGCCAAAGGAUCCAUUAACCGCUGCCGAGAAAUAACUGGCUGCGUCAUUGAUGCCUGGUCUCAAGGACGAGAUUAUGCGCAGGAGAGCUUCUGUUAUGGAAGCUUUGGCAAACGCUGGUCCAUCAAGAGAAAGAGAUACCACUCAGUGAUUUAUAUCUAUCUAUCACACUCUUGCUCUUUUAUAUAUCCUCUAUCCUUGCACUAGUAAUAUCUAUGUUGGUGUCCUUUCCUCCCUACUUUAACUUCUUUUCUUCUCUUGUCUUUGCAAUUUCCUAAACAAAAUGCUUUGUAACCCUCUUAAUUAUGAUCAUAUACUCUCUAGCUUUAUCUGUUUCUAGGACAUAUCAUUCUGUUUGGUUUAUGUCUGUUUUCAGAAUGAAUCUUUCCUUGUUUGUUUGUCAA